AUGGACACGGUAAGCAAGAUUAUGUUAAGGCUGGACUAGUAAAGGGUUCGCGCCAUGCUUGGUGAGCUCUUUUUUUAUACAAAGUGCGCCAAAAGUUCUGUUACAUUGACAUUAGUAACAUAUAGUACUGGUUAUAACAUAGUCAAUCGGUUUCGAUGUGUCUCUCAUAAGAACGUAUUAAAAAACCAUGUUUCAGCGCCACAUCUACACUAUCUACCAUCUGGGCUACACGUUGCUUGCGCUUGGCGGUUCAUACAUUAUCUGCGUGAUUUUGGCUAUAAAAACCGUACGACUUUUAAGACGAAACAGUGCCACAUUCAGCACUCGCACCAAACAACUACAACAACAAAUGACAAAAGUGCUGUUUAUGCAAGCCGUCCUGCCCGUGCUCGUCUCCAUUGGACCUGUGUUUGCGGUUGCAAUUGAAGCCAUCUUUCAGGUUGAGCUACAUCAGUUUGUGCAGAUUGUGUUGCUGUUGCUGGCUUGGUUGCCGUGCUUAAGUCCGUUGGCGACCUUGUGCAUCAUGAAACCGUUUCACAAAACUUUAAAACGAGUCUUUUCAAUGCCUGAAAAUUCUGUUGUCAGUCAUUCGACAAGCGUUCCAAGUGUAAUAUAA